AUGCGCUUCUUCGCCUACUUCCCUCCUGCGCUCUAUGCCCCCUUGGCCUUUGCAGCACCGAGUCUGCCGUACUCCACAAAUGUCAGCACAGCUAUGUCCGACCCUACUGUCAAGCUUUUGACGGGGCCAAGUACUUUGGAUAUCCGGUCUCCAAGCCCAGAUAGCGACGACAACUGCGAUCUUGGCGAAAAGAAGUGUGGCGACAAUUGCUAUCCUCAAGCCUAUGCCUGUUGCCCAAACAAUGCUUCCAAAGGCUGCGCAACGAUUGAUGAAUGCCAGCAAGAUGACGGGGACUGGGGCUGCUGCCCUAAGGGACAGACUUGCGAUGGAGACGAUGACGAUGAUCAUGAUAACGACCAUGACAACGAUCAUGACCAUGACCAUGACAGCGACGAUGACAACGACCAUGGCAACGACCAUGACAAAGACCGUGAUCACGAUCAUGACAACGACCAUGACAACGACCAUGACAACGAUCAUGACAACGAUCAUGACAACGACCGUGAUAACGACCAUGACACCGACAAGGAUAAAAGCAUUACCAGCGAUAAGAACGUUGGCAGUGAUAGCUUGAAGGAUGUCGAUGACGACAAGGACGAUGACAAGGAUGGGGACAAGGACGACGAUAACGACAAGGACGGCGACCAUGACCAUGACCACGACCACGACCACGACCACGACCACGACAGUGACGCCGAUAAUGACAAUGGCAGCAACCACAACGCAGGAGCAGAUGUGAAGCCUGGGCUUAUUCCCGUCAUAGCAUUGACCGGGGUUGCAGCCCUCGCAGGUUUCGUCUAA